CCGUGAUUCGAUACGUGAGUGGCUCUAUGGACUGCUGGGUUGACUUGGGGCUGUCUCAAAGCGCAAUGAAGGAAGGCUUUUUCAUACUUCUCCUUGGAACUUGGAAGGUGAUUUCUGCACAAUCAGGUCCAUGCUUCAACGAGUCAACAGAAGUGAUCGCAGUUCAAGGGGAGGCUCUUUCUUUGUCUUGUUUCCUGAAUUAUAAAAACUUCAAGGCAACCAACUUUUCCUGGUUCAAAGAUGGAACUCACCCUCUCCAGCCUUCUGAAGACCAGCGCGUUCAUUACCAUGGUGGAGAGCUGUUAUUCCUGCCGCUUCUUUUGACUGACAAGGCGGUUUACACAUGCAACUGCUACUUGCCUAGAAGUUGUGUGAGAAGUCAGACAAAUGUGACCGUAUACGAAGCAGACAAUUUCGAUAAACAGCGGCUGCUCACCCCGAUAGUGGGAUCGGAAGUUAACCCUUCGAUGCUGUGCCCCAAAGCCAUCAUGCAGCUGUGCCAGGGGGACAACGUGACACUGGCGUGGUACAAGGAUUCUUUACUCAUUCCAAAUGUCUCUGAAGAAAUCCUUUCCAUCAACAAUGCAUCCAAAGGUGAUGAGGGGAUUUACUCCUGUAACUGCACAUGGAAGCACGGGGGUAUGGCUUUCCACAGCUCUGCAUCCAGAAAGCUCAUAAUAAAAGCUCCUUAUGCUUCCAGUCCUCCAGUAAUUCGGCUUCCUACCCACAAUGCAACUGAGACGGCUGAUUUAGGUUCUUCUAAAAGACUAGUAUGUGUCGUUUUCUUUGGUAUAAAUGUUGAAGACUUCUGUCGCGUGCGGUGGACAGUCAACGGUCUGGACACACAAUGGAAUAGCAGAUUCCUAGUGGAGACUACCAGAGAAAUGAAAAACGGAACUAUAUACACUGCAGUUCUAACCAUUGUCAGUGUUGCAAAGGAGGAUUUUGGAUCAGAGUUUAAAUGCAUCGCUAAGAACAUGCAACGUUGGGAUUCUAGAUCUGUCUUUCUUAAGCCCAAAGAAACAAUAUACAAACUCCUUGUGAUUAACGGGUGUGUUCUCCUGGCCUUCCUGCUGGCUUUUGUGGUGCUCAAGCACUUCAGGAUAGACCUGAUUCUUCACUUCCGUGGGGUUUUCAAAACGCGCAGUCGAGCAGAUGGAAAGGUGUAUGAUGCUUAUGUUAUUUAUCAAAUACACAACCUGGAUGAGGCAACUGAGAAGAAAAUGUAUACUUUUGUGACCAGACUUUUGCCUGAGGUCUUGGAAGAAAAGUGUGGCUAUAGACUCUUCAUUCAUGGAAGGGACGAUCUUCCAGGGGAAGACCACAUGGAGCUGAUAGGGACCCGGAUGAAGAUGAGUAGCAGGCUCAUGGUCAUCCUGACCCCAGGGAUUGGGAGCCGAGAUGAAGCCAAUCUUGAGGACUACGACAGGCAGGUGGGGCUGCACCAGGCCCUGGUGCAGGAGGAGCUGAAGGUCAUCUUGAUUGAGCUUGAGAGGAUGCAUGGAUACAGCCACCUACCCCAAGGCCUGCAGCACCUGAUUUCAAAGAGUGCCCCCCUCAGAUGGAAGGAACAAGGGCGCAACAGUUUGUCCCCUAACUCCAGUUUCUGGAAGCACGUGCGGUAUAUGAUGCCAGUGCAACGCUGUCACAGGGUACAAGAUGACCUCAAAUUAGACCAUUCGUUCAAAGACAACUCAGACCCCUGUCUCUUGGAGGUUAUUAGGUGAGAUUUCACAUUUCGUUCAUCUUGAAUUGUUACAGGGAGGAAAAAUGCAUUUGGGCAAAUAUGAAACUCACAAGUUUAAUAUUUAAUAUUUUAAAAAUAUUAUGCAAAAUGCUUUGAUGCCAAAUAUGCCGAUGCUGUAUCUGACUAAAAUGGUCACUUGGGUGUCAUUGACCGCUGCAUCUUUGUUCAAUCAUACUUUAAAUUAACAUAUUUGACCAAGUGAGACGAAAAUGUAAUGUUUUGAGAUGUAUGUAUUUUCCUGACAUCUCAUUCCUCAUCCAUUCAAAUUUUUUUUACAUACUUAUUUUUCACAUUUGGACAAAAUACUAUGGUAUUAUGCAUUUUUAAGAUUUACUGCUAAAACUUUUUCCUCAUGAAUGUCUGGAAACAUGUUGAAUUCUAUGCAUUUCAGCAUCUCAUUCUUCAUCCAUUUCAGCAAUAAAAAUACACAAUUAAGUAUAUUACUUUUAUUAAACAUUUUUCGAUAGUCUUAUGUAUUUUUCUUUUUUGUAUGUUUUUUUGCUAAAACUGUUUUCCUCAAAUGUCUUGAACCAUGUUGUA